AUGGUUUUGAUGGUUGAUUUUAGGGACAAGAAGGUGAAGGUUACAGUUUUAGCAAAGAUCGAAUUAUGUGAUUCUGUCAAGCACCAUUUCAUAGAGAGUGAUAGAUUUCAAGCUUUUUGCAAACCCAGUUUUGAUGAUUAUCAGAACUCAGACCAUCUAAUGGAAAACUUAAAUGGGCUUGAUUCAGGUUACGUUACUUUGGUGUGUUCUUUUCGAAAUUGUGAAUUUAGCCUCUUUUGUUAUGGGCCUCAUCCUAUAGUUGAUUUGAAGCCAGGUUGGACCUCAGAUAGUGGUUCUUUAUAUGCUUGGGGUCUUCCAUCUGAGAUCGCUUUGGUUUCACAGGAUUGUUGUUGUGUUGAUUGUGAAUUGAAAGAAGAAUUCAGGACAGAUUCAUAUAAGCUGCAAAAGCCUGAGAAGGUUUUGGGUUUUUGUGUACUUAGUGAGCCAUGUUCAGAGAGAUAUGAAGAUGAUUGUACAAGUGGUUUCUUUAUGAUUAGGCUGACAUGUAAUGGGAUCUUUGAAACAUUGAAAUACCAGGCUUUGUGGGAUUUCUUUGGUGUAAAGUUCAGUUGUAAACCGGUUCAGGUACAAUCCAAGACUACAUUUCCUUCACAUGUGGAACCAGAAGACAUCGAUCAUCUCAAAUUGCUGCACAAAAAGUUUCAUUACUUCUUGGGAUACUUUAGUGGUGGUCCAACUCUUGCUGAAGUUUUGAAUUCGAGACUAGAAGAAACUUCAAGUAGAGGAUCAAUGCAUUGUAACAAUGUUGAAAGUACUGAAGCUGCAAAGGAGUUAAUAUUGGAGGCAUGGAAAGCUUCAGGUCAGGUGGAGUUUGGCUCACGUCCCUCGAUGGACUAUGUUCUUGGUGACAUAAAUACUUCUAGCAGUGCUCAUGAAAUUAUAUCUAAGAGAAUGUGGACUAGUCUAAAUUUGUGUUAUGUGGAGUUGGCAUUUGUGAGGAAUUCAGAUCUGAAUCACACUGGUCUUGACUUCUUGGCCAUUCCUAGCUUCUCUUCCACUCAAUUGCCACCUUUUCCAUUUCGUGUACCAUCGAAAAGUUAUGGGAGAUCACGCUCCAAGGCUACUAAGAAGUGUGAUCAAGUUGGUCCUCCCACUGAGAAGGGUGAUGUAAUUGAUCUAGUGCCUCCCCAUCUAGUUGGGCCAGUGCUCCCCCUUCCGCUUUUCCUAACUUUUCAGAUCAUCGAUAAAGGAAGAGUAUCUUUUGUUCCUGAGAUUAAUUGGUUGUCUGCAGAUGCAGAAAUGGGUAGUCAAUGUCAAGAACUCAUCAGUUUAGCCAAGAGUUCGAAACUGUCGAAAUCUCGUCGUAGAACUGAAGUGCCUUAUGCAGUGUCUCUCUCUAAUGAUUAUGAUGCAUGGACUGAGUCCCAAGACCCCGAAGAAGAGUGGCACUUAUUUCUGCAUGAGACCCAGGCAAAUAAUUUGGAUCCUGAGAAGUUACCCCUUGAAAACCUUUCUUUUGGGAAAUCAGAAUUUGGUCAUUACAAAGACAACAGAUCUGAUAUUUUUAUUACUGCAUUGCAUAAGAAAAAUUGUGAUCCUAGAGGUGAAGAGAAACUAGAUGCAUCAGAACUCUUUGACGAGCUAAGCCCUGUGAAGCUGAAUUUUGGUGGAUCUAAAGUCAAAGUUGAAUCAGAAGAGAUGGAAAUAGAAAUAUUUAAAUGCUUGAAGAAAGAUUUUCUCAAUGGAAGGAAGGUUUCAAGCCAUACCAAGAUUAUUUGUUACCGAAGAUGGAGAAAGGUGGAGAGUAAAAGAUGGAGAAAGAAGAUGGAUGGUGACCAUUUCAUAGUAGAUUGGGAAGGAAAAGUUGCUCUGAUUCAAUGUGCCAAAGCCAUGGGUGUUCAGAAGUAUGUGUUCUUUUCCAUCCAUGAUUGUGAUAAACACCCAGAAGUUCCUUUGAUGGAAAUCAAGUGCUGCACUGAGAGGUUUCUCCAAGAUUCAGGUGCAGUAGCCAAGUGCCGAAAAGCAGUUGCUCAGAUAGAGACUACUCAGCCAGAGGUAGAAGAUCAAUUGAUCAACCAUGUCAUCAUUUACUAUGUCAUAAGAGUGGAUGCAAUAUAUUGCUUAGCUUAUAUGGUCAACUCAGACAUCCUGUUCAUCAUUGCCUCAUUCCAUUAUGCUUGGAUGACUGAUUCUGGUUCAUACAAUCAUCGGACCAACAAUACUUUGUUUGUCUCACUGUUCUUCUGGUUUUAUGCCAUCAUUUGUUCAGGACGGUUCUGCAUAGCUCUAUGGUACAUGGAGUCUUUUCUUUGGGUGUUGUACCCUUGUUUGAUGCAUCGACAGCCAUACUUAAACAGAUUGUUUUGAGCAGACAUAUGUGAAAUUUGAAAAUGUCUAUAAAGCUUUCAAAAUAUCUAUAAAUUCUACCAAUUAAGGUAUGAUUGACCAUCUCUUGCUCCUCAUUGUGAGAUGGAAUACUAGUAAACCAUUGUUGGAGUUAGUUGCCUCUUCAUAAUAUAGCGAUGUUAGUGAAUAGUCUUCUCCAUGGCAUGAGGAAUCCGAACAACCGUUACCCGUGUCAGACAUUGAUGUAGGUAACCGUGUCCAUGCAAUAUAGCGGAGAAUCGUGUGACAUACAGAUUGAU